AUGAGUGAGCUUGAAGUACAGUCAGCAAGUACUUAUACAGUUGUAACUAUGCCUUCUAAAACAAAGAAUCUAGAAUGCAAUACAGAGGCAAUAGUCACCCAAAAAGUAGAGACUAUUCUUAUUUCUAUUAGAGUGACUACUAUUCAAAACCAAUAG